AUGAACCCUGCACCAGAUCCCCAACAUCAACUGUCCUUUCACACAAAGUUUCUGAAAGGAGAGCCCAAAGCACUGGGGACUGUGCAGAUCAUGAUUGGGGUUGUGACGCUGAUGUUUGGCAUUGUUUUAUCUAUCAAGGGAGAAUCCUUUAUUGCUUCAACUGGAAUUACCAUCUGGGGAUCACUGAUCUAUAUUAGCACUGGCGCUGUGGCUGUUGCAGCAUCAAACAAUGCCAGUUACUGCUUGGUUAAUAGCUCAUUGAAAAUGAACGUGAUCAGUGCUAUAGUUGCUGGUAUAGCCAUUAUUCUGCUCUCCUUGGAAGUGUUUACUGUAGACUACCGUUUUUAUAACUACAAGUAUUACAAGCACCUGUCCCAAGGGAUCAGUGCAGUGCUGCUGAUUUUGUCCGUGAUGCAGUUCAUUCUGUCCAUCUGUAUCUCAGCAUUCGCCUGCAAAGCCACGUGUGACAGCAACAGUCCCGCACGGGUUGUGUGCGUUGUUCGUAAUCAGUACGCGGGUACCACAGUGCAGUCUAUACCGAACACAGUGCGGUACAUGCCGAGUUUAAUAGCUAUCACUUGGCUCGGGGUUCCCAUGGCUACAACCUCUCAACCAUUAUACUGA